AUGGCUGGUGAAGGAGAAAGAGGACCUAACCCUGAAGGACAUGCGCCACGAAUUAUACCAGAGCGUAGUGUGGAAGAAAGGUUUCGCAAGCAUAAUCCACCAACUUUUGAUGGCCUCGGUGAUCCUCUGGAUGCCGAGAGAUGGGUAAGAGCUACUGAAAGGAUACUCAACCACGUUGGCUGUGGGGAUAGGGAGAAACUCACAUGCGCAAUUUUUCAACUCGUUGAUGAGGCUGAAUUCUGGUGGGAAUCGGUGCGACGAACCUUGACCCCUGAACAAUGGGAGGUGUACACGUGGAAUGAUUUUAAAGAAAGAUUGUAUGAAAAGUAUAUCCCUGGAUGCUAUAGGAAGAAGAAACAGGAUGAAUUUUGGAAUUUACGACAAGGAAGUAUGACGGUCACUGAGUACGACCGAAUGUUUAACCAGCUUUCACGAUAUGCUCCACAUCUAGUUGACACAGAUGAGAAAUGUGCAGAAAAGUUUCGACAAGGUCUGCGGCUUGAGAUAGCCGUUCCACUAGCAAGUCAGGGAGCGCUAACAUAUGCUCAAUCUUUGAGCAGGGCCCUAAACAUCGAAGCAAUACUACCAAAAGAAAAAGAGAAUGUGUUAGCACAAGCACCGACCCAAGACUAUGGAAAAAUGAAACGUAAAUGGGAAAACGGAAAUGAAGGAAACCCAGGAAAAAGGAAGCAACCAUGGAGAGGAAAUCGGCAACAACAACAAGGACAUGCGGAAGGAAAGCCGUUAUGUCCAACAUGUCAGAAAAAUCACUAUGGUGAAUGUAAGAGAGGUUCCAACGACUGCUUUAGGUGCAAGCAACCAGGGCAUUUCGCCAGAGACUGUCCAAACAAUAAUGAGAACAUGAGAAUUCCACAACCUCAUAACUUUGCCCCUCAAAGGCAAAAUCCGGUACCAAUUGGCAAUGAACGACCAAAUCAGAGAGAACCUGCACAUGCUAGGGCUUAUGCUCUUAACCAGCAACAAGCAGCUCAAGCACCUGAAGAUUUAGAAGGUACAAUCGUCAUAAAUUGA